CAUAAUUCCAUAUUUAAUACAUGUGAAACGAUUGAUUUUAACACAAAUUCUUUUAAUUUUAAUAAAAUAAAUUAAUAAAAUGUUUACAAAUAUUCUACAGAGAACCUGCCUAAGCCUUAGCAACUAUGGACAAAUGAUGUUUUCACGGGAAGCCCAUGUCUUCAACAGAGCUGUGCUAAAAUGUAAAGUACGUUGUCACUUUCCUAAACCCAGAGAGGUGAAGCGUAUUAAAGUGCAUGGUUGGGAUGCCCGCAUGUCGACAGAGGGAGGCCGUAGAGUUUUAAUGAGACGUAUUUUAAAAGGACGUUUCGAUUUGUCACAUUAAUA